AUGCGACCGCAAACUUCUAGACCUGGAGAGUCUGUGCAGCCUAGGUAUUUGAAAGCAAUCCCAGCCUGUACAGUACUCGACGACGAACAAGUGAAGGACACUGUUUUCGAUGCAGCGCCAGCAACGUUAACGUCUGAGGUUGUUGAGUAUGUCCACGAUCAAGUCCAAGAAGACAACUCUCUGCUUAAUGAAGAUCAACAUCAGAAAGUGGCAGAGCUGUUGAAACAGGUCAACCUUAAGAAGUUCGAGAUCGAGUUUUCUAUACACAGUGUUGGCAGGCUGGACAUGACGGUGCUGCCGCUAGAGCGAGCGUCCUUGGUGCUGGAAGCUGUUCCUUCAGCUGCAGACAUCGAACGAAUCCGAAAGUUCACUGCUGCUCAUCCGAACAAUCAGUGGACAGAGGCUGAACAAUUCAUAAUUGAUGUAAGACCUUCUUAA